AUGAAUCCAGGGAAUGGGAGUACUCCAAAAAUCUUCAUUCUCUUGGGUUUCUCUGACCAUCCUUGGUUGGAAAGGCCUCUCUUCAUUAUCGUGCUUGUUGCGUACAUCUUCACACUGCUGGGCAACAUCUCAAUUAUCGUGGUAUUCAAAGUAGAUCCUCAACUUGACAGCCCUAUGUACUUCUUCCUUUCCAACCUCUCCUUCCUGGACCUGUGUUUUACUACAACCACCAUCCCUCAGCUGCUGCUGAACCUCUGGGGUCCAGAUAAGUCUAUUAGCUAUGGGGGCUGCGUGGCCCAGUUUUAUAUGUUUCACUUCCUGGGGGCCACUGAAUGCAUCCUCUUAGCAGUGAUGUCCUUGGAUCGUUAUAUUGCCAUCUGCAAGCCCUUGAGGUACCCGACUAUCAUGCAUCAGCGACUCUGUGUGCUACUAGUGACUAUAGCAUGGCUAAGUGGUUUGGUUAACUCCUUGCUUCAUUCAUCCCUCACAGCCCAGCUGCCAUUCUGUGGUAACAACAAGGUAGAUGACUUCCUGUGUGAGCUCCCAGUGAUGAUCAAGAUGUCAUGUGUUGACACCACAUUCAAUGUAGCAUUGCUCUCCAUUGUGGGGAUGUUCUAUUCCCUGGUGCCCUUGUCACUUAUCCUUGUCUCCUAUGGGUUCAUUUUAGCUACUGUGCUGAGGAUUCGGUCCUCAGAAGGAAAGAAAAAGACCUUUAACACAUGUGGUUCUCAUGUUAUUGUCAUAUCUCUCUUCUACGGGCCAGUAAUUAGUAUGUAUGUGCAACCCUCUGAUACUAACUCCCAGGACAAGAACAAAUUCAUGUCCCUGUUCUACAGUUUGGUGACUCCUAUGCUUAACCCUUUUAUCUAUACUUUGAGGAACAAGGACAUGAAAGGGGCAAUGAGAAGGCUUCUUGUCUCAUUGUACCAUCAGGGAAUACAGCAAACAUGA